AUGGUGCAUCGGGGCUACGACAUGGCCCUCUUGUCACUCUGGGAUCAGAUUGUGGCCUUCAUCAACAAGGCUCGCUCUGCCAAUCCCGCCCUCCCCCUGUACUUCCCCCAGGACAACGAUCCUUGUUGUCCCCACUGCGUUCUGAUUGGAGAGAAGACCUCAGAGGAUGAGAGUGGUAGUGGCAGCAGUAGCAGCAGUAGCAAGGAGUGCAUCGCGCUUGUAAAUGGGGUGUACACAUUCGGGCAGCCCAAGGUGGGCAACCGUGAGUUCACCUCCGAACUACGCGCACGAGCGGCCGGGGUGGCGUUCUUCCGGCUGACCCACGACAACGACUUCAUCCCGUUCCUUCCACGACGUCCUUCCUACGUCCACUGCGGCACGCUCCUCUUCCUCAGCCACGGACACAUCGUGCAGGGCGCCGAGUACUCUGCACGAUUCGCGCGCCAUGUCUUCCGCAAGACCAGCUCCAAGCGGAAUGCACGACCACUUCGUGAAGUCCUACGUCGCCUUCUUGAGGGAGCACUAUCGGAUAAACGAGCCAUCCUCACGUCGUUACCGAAGGACGUGCCUCUGCUACACUUCCACGACUUGGAGCGGGCCAAGCAAUUGCGCGAGAAGCUGGAAAACCUGGGGGACUUCGGCUUGGUGAUGGAGAGGCUCCAGCAGCUGACUCUCAGCGAGCUCAUCGACCUCCGGUCAGUCACCCUAACGGUCAAGCAACGCAAGAGGGAAAACCGAGUGCUCGGGGGUAGGUGGCUCAGGGCCAAUCUGUGGGAUUUGCUGCAGUACUGCGAGCAGCAGCAGACCGAGAAGAUCAACAACAUGCUCAGCUCCGCCUCUGCUUCUGGAGCCGGUGGACAAUAA